AUGAAAAAUAAGAUAACAUUUCAACUAAUUCAUUUCAAUUUCAGCGAAUUCAGUAAUGACAAAAUCAAUGACCCAUGGCCUCUCCUGCUUGUGAAGGUUUUACUAACAAUCUUUGGUUUCAUAAUGAACUUAUUUGUACUGAUUACUCUGAGAUCACUACUGAAGCACCAAAGUUAUGGCAUUAUGAUGACAAUGGCAAUCCUUUCAUGGGCUACCGUUGAUUGUAUAUUGUGUUAUCAAAAAGGCAUAAUAAACGGCUUGAUUUCGUUUGCUAUAACAGCUGUCCUUGGUUCCCUAGCAAUGUUUCUCGGAUUCAAAUCAAAAGAAUUAACACCGAGGGGAAAUGAUGUGAUCUUUGGAAUGCUUACGGUAUUUUGCAUCACAGUAAGCAUCUCCUGCAUUAUAUCUGAUACCCAACAUUUUCCAUACGAUUUAAUAGGUGCCAUAUUCCUCGGCUGCGGAGUGAUGCUCAUAGUAUACUACACAACAGUGUGGUUAAAUUUGGUUAUCAGUCAACAUGUUGAACGUAAUAGACCAUAG